AACACUCGUCUGUUAGAUAGCAUGAUGAAAGGAUCUAUGCUUUUCAUAUACCUUUGCUGUAUGUUCAAGUCAUGUCAAGCUGCAGGUUACGGUAAAAACUGCACUGAUACUGAUGACUGCACAGGAUUCACAGAAUGCAUUGAUGACAAGUGCACAUGUAGCACAGGCUAUGUUGUAAAUACUGAUGAUAAUGGAUGUAAAGCUAGGCUAGGAUAUAACUGUACAGGCAAUGUUCCUUGUAAUGAUCAAUCAUCUGUUUGUGAUUCUACUACAACCAAAUGUGUAUGUAAAAGUAAUUACUAUGAUAGCAAUGGUGCUGAUGUAGGAGGAACAUGUGUUGAAAAGGUUGGCCUUGGCUCUAAUUGUUCAAUGCCAAAUGCCUGUUCAUCAUCUCGGGCUGAAUGUGUUGGAAGCAGGUGUAGAUGUACCAACACAUAUUACGAUACAAACACUGACAAUACAAUUGGAGGUAGUUGUGAGACAAGGAUAAAUCUUGGAGCUUCUUGUUCCGGUAGCCAUUCGAACAAUAAACAAUGUAUUGACCAAAAUGCAAGCUGUCAAUGCUUGCCCUCCUAUAUCUGCUCCUGUGAUGAACGUUAUCAUCGAGAUGGAAGCAAUUGUAAACCAAAUGUUGCACUUGGUGGCAAUUGUAAAGGAGGUGUACUUAAUGAAUGUUCAGAUCCACAUGCUGAAUGUAUUAACAGAACAUGUACAUGUAGUGUUGGAUUUUAUCAUUUAAAUGAAGCGAACUCUCGAAGUAUUUGCAAAACAGGCAAAGUUUAUAUUCAUUAUUUACUAGCUGUCAAGGCAAUUGUAGUAGCAACCACCUCCUUAUUUAUAUGA